UCCUCGACCGCACGCACGACUCUCCUGCCCUCCACUCGCACGCCCGACUACGCCCGACUCACUGCCCACGUUCGCGGCCGCCCUCCAUCCCUUCGACGCCGCCGCUCCAUCCCUUCGCCGCCGCUAACGUGCCGGAUCUUGCCUCAGUCGCCGCCUCUCCGCCAUGAAAGAGAGGGCUCCCGAUCUCCGCCGGAGUCGACCAACAGCGCGACGCGCCACCAGAUCGGCGACGCGCCGGGAUCGCCUCUCCGCCUCGGCGCUUGCGCUUCCAGAUCGAAGCCCACGACGGCGGCGUCCCAGAUUGGUGACGCGCCACCGUACAUCACGGCUGACAGUCGUGUCCUCGUCAAGGAAGCGUCGCUUCGAGGUGGCGGCAACCAAGGCCUCCCGGAUCCCCGCCUCCUUCCUCACAUCUCCGGCGGCGACAGCGACAAAUUCCGACACCAUGAGGCCACCGGCACGAGGAGGAUGCGGCGGGAGGGGUUUCGGCGGCAGGAGCGACGGCGGCGACCGCAGGGGGGCAGGGGCUUCGGCGGGAGAAGCGAUGGCGGUGGCCGCAGCGGCAGGGGUGGCCGGGGAGGCAGGACGCCCAGGGGCCGUGGUCGUGGCGGCGGGGGAAGGGGAGGGCCCGGCAUGAAGGGUGGGAGCAAGGUGGUCAUGGUGCCGCACAAGCACGACGGCGUCUUCAUCACCAAGGCCAAGGAGGACCCGCUCUGCACCAAGAACAUGGUCGUCGGGUAGUCCGUCUACGGCAAGAAGAGCGUCUCCGUCCAGGUUUGAAGCUUAUCUUGCUGGGGAUGUGAGAGAUUUUCUACACAAAAGGGCACCUAAAGAUGUUGAACUGAUUCGUACUGCAAGGCUCAUGCACGUUUUGGCUCAUGCAGAUAUCACAUGUGUUUCUUUCUGCAAAUUCUCACAUGUGUUGAACUGAUUGUUUGCAGACUAAAAAUUUAUUUUUAAAUUAUGUUCAUCGAGUGAUUCCAAUGUGCGAUGAUAAGAUGCGCAACUCAACAUUUGAGGUUUCUUACUCAUAGGAUUAUCACAUCUUGAAUUCUGGUUCUCAGAGUUUUUGUUUCCAAACCUUAUUUGCUUGUCUUGUCUUUUGUUCUUACGGGUUUCAAUCUUCAUCACACAUCUUCUGUAGGAAAUCUUGUACUUAAAAUGUAGAAAAAUGUCCCUAACUUUGUUGUAAUGCUUGGCAGCCUAUUCUGUAAUCUGUUCAAUUACAGAGUUUAUGAUCAUGUGAAUGAAGCAAGGGAUCUGAGAAAAAAAGUUAUUCCUGCCCAUGUUUAUGUCAAGGAGCAUCACCGUAUGUGUUCAAGGAAUGCCAUUGAUUGUAUUAUCAUUAUUAUCUGUCACAAAUUUGGAGUCUAAAUUCUUUCAGAAUUCGAUUAUCUUGGAUUGAGACCUGCUGCACUGAGCGUAAGUCGAUUUAAGGAGAUCGAUAUUGAAAAUAGUUGGCUUCAUUAUGCAAUUGACUGAAAACAACUGUACUUUCACCUCGAGCUACUAAAAUGAUGCUCCUUCAUUAGAAUUCUAUCAUGUUAUCUCACCUUUUGGUCAAAAAAUGAAAAAAAAAAUGCAUCUUCGGUAUUUAGUUUGACACCUAUUUGUUUUCUUUCCAGCUUCAUCAUGUGCUUCCGAAAUAGCCCUGCCAUCUAUAAUUUGGCAGUCAGAUGGUGAUCUGAAACUUAAAAUGGAGCAAAUGGCCAUGAGCUCUAAUAAAUAUGAGGUUUUCUAUCACAACAUACCUCAGCUGCAGCGAAAAGACAAUAGAGCCAUGGGUGCCGAGGGCGGGCACUGGUGCUCGGCAGAAGGCGUUGUCGAGGUGCUCACUGCUGCCCGGCUCUACUUGCACGCCACCAGGUUCAGAAUUGGCAUGGACCUGGGCACCGCCGCCUUUGCAGCUGCUCCCCGUGUACAUAAUUUAUUUUGUAGAGGAAGAAUAUGGCACGGGAAUGAGUUUGCACCUACUGUUGGAUUCUUCCUUACUACCCACCCGUCUCAGGAAAACACAUACUCUAAAGCAGUAAAACAUUUCGAGUUCUAUGAUCAGCUUGGACAAUACAAUUUGGAUUCUUUUGGAGACUGGGAACAACUUUCAAGCUACUUGUCACAAAGUUUCAUUGAACGCCUUGAGCCAACUGGUGGAGAAAUUACAAUUGCAUUGGAGACAUCAUGGUUGGAUAGAGCUCCCCAAACAGAUAUGGAGAGAUGAUUGAUAGAACAACUUAGAGAAGACAAAUUUGCAAAGAAAGGGCUUGUACAACCCGAGAGGAGAGGAUGCUAUUACACAACUAUCCCCGCUUCGGUUAAGCACAGAAACAUUUCUGCGGAUGAGGCAGGUGUGGAGGUCGCAGAGGAGGAUGGGGACGUGCUCACGAAGCCCUAGAGAAACAUGAGCUCAUGGGUGCCGACCUCCAUCACCCCCCUGAUGCUAUGCAGAGUGAAGGCGAAGAGCUAGCGGGGAGGACACCAACUACCUCUUCAUAAAUUUACUCUGCGUCAUCGUUCAUGUGGAUGAGGCCGGAAGAACCGAAGGCGUUGGCGGAAUUUGAGGAGGACGAGACGACAGGGAUGAUGUGAUGGCAUCAUUGUUGUUUGUAAUUGAGAGCAUCACGGUGGUGGGUACUGCGUGUGGGGGAGGAAGGAGGUGAGUCGGCUGGGUGCACUCCUACUGGUGCUAUCGAUGGCGGCACUAUGCUUCAGCCUUGUAGCGGCAAUGUUGGAGGCAACGAAUGGUAGUGUGCUAUUGCUGGCAUGGUUUAGAUUCUACCAGCCACUAGGUGCACAACUAGGUGACAUUCCUAGAAGGGAUGUGCUACAUGCCCGACUAUGAUGGCGAUCGCGUCUACUACGUAUGUUUCAUCACUGCAGCGGUUCGAGCACAUUGACCGAUUCAACCCCAAUGAUCACUAUGCCAAGCCCAACCUCGUCUUCUUCAUACUUGUGUGCCCUUUAGGGUCCCAUGUAUGUCUGGCACGAGUUGCAUAUAGGUUCAGUCAGCCUGCAGCGUGCCUACGUGCACCAGUGUUGGAUUGGAGGAAGGUCAAGUUGUUCGAGAAAGCCCAACCAUGGGGAACAAGACACAUAAGGAGAGUGACCAAUGAGAGGAUGACCAUAACCAUUUUGGUGACAAAAAUUAUUUGGAGUUGAUGCUUUCUUUUCUUCUC